AGUGUUCUGUAAAUCCAUUGGUUUCUCCUGUUGCCAUGUAUGAGUUGGCUGGUGAAAACAUGGGUGAGUAUUUCCAAACGGUGGGGCUUGUUGAGUUUGAACCUAAACACAAAAGCUCAGGUGGUACAAACAUGCAUUUUAUCCAGCUUGUGAAUACUGGUCAGCUGUCAGAAAUGGCAGCACCGGCGGAAAAUCUGGAGCAGCCUGGUGAUUGCGUCAUCAAACCUGUGCUAAGUGACUUUUGUGGCAGGAGAGCUGUAGAAAGCAGUGUAAUGGCCAUGGGGGGCACACACAUUUUGACAAGGAAAGAGUCAGACCAGGAGCAGAUGCAGAAUGAGAGGCUGGUCAAAGACCCCGGUGUGAGUAAGACUUGGCUGCUGGAAGAGCCCGCUUUCCUUGAAACAGCCUCUGAGCGGAAGACUCAACCAUCUGUAGGACAUCUGCCAACAGCGGAAUGUAAAAAUGGAUCUCUGGAUGUACACUGGAAUCACACACUCAGGACACCCAGUGCUGUGGCACAGUGUCAGACACAUGGGGAGUCAGACACAUCUGGAAACUGGCCUCAUAUCUGUGAAGUGCACUGUUCCUCAGAACCACUGCUGACGACACCUGCAGCAAAUCAUUCAAUUUGGUGUGAUCCCUCAGACACAGGGGAUCAGUCUGUCCAGUCACAAAUAGCGAGUGCGUGUGUCAAGUCAUUUUGUUUGUCCUCAUCCACGAGGGCAGCUUGCUGUGAAAAGGGCAUCUGUGCACCACUCGCUGACAAGAAUGACACCGUAGAGAUUAUUCUUGGAAGAGAGGGUGGAACUAGUCGCCUCGGUUGUAUGGCUAUUGCAGAUGUCUCAAGUUCUUAUCUUGCUGAAGGACAAGAUUCCUCGGACUGUGUGGCCGUCUGUGGAAUAUCAGAUCAAGUUGACGACUCUGAUCCUGCAGAUGUUUCUAAUCAAAGUUUAGAUUCCAGGCCACAGGGUCCCCUAAGUCAGAUUGGGGAGGCAGGAGUUCAAACCGCAGAAGUUUUCUGCAGCACUGAGGAUGUUUCAGAGUUGCAUAGAUUGUUGCCAGACCAGGUAGAUUGCAGGAAAUGGAUCCAAAAGGGUGAGUCUUUGCCUUGUGCAUCCAGAGAGUCUGGAAAUCAGGCAGGAAUCCCAGUGCAGCCUCAUGUUGGUGAGAGUCCUUGGCCUUGUGGUCAGGUUAGUCUGUUAGAUACACAUCUCCCUUUCAGCAAUUUAGGAAGUUCACAGACAGAACUCAAGGACUCUGAACUGUGGCCAGGAGAAUCAGUGGAGUCUAUAACACUGCAGAGCGUUUUGACAAUGAACUGUGACCUAAGCGGCAUCCAAGAGGACUGUAAGCACCCUUAUGUUAGCAGUCAGGGCCAGGCUGCACACGGCUCUAAUAACAGGGAUUUUAUCCAUAGUGAUGAUGCACCUCCCACAGUAUCUGACUGCCACUACGUUCCUCUGCUGGCAAAUUGCUGGCCAGACCAGAUCUCCCCCGACUGUGGUCAGAAUGCGCUUUUGGUCACCCCACACGGCGAGUCGUAUGCUGAACUCCAGUGGCCAGUGGAGGGCAGCGUAGCACAAGCAUUCAAGAACACGGACCUACAGGAUGGCAGCGUAGCGGCAGUGAACGUGGAACUCGAUCAGGUCGACAUCUAUGCCUCUACACCUUCCUAUGAAAUUUACUUCCAGGCUAUGAAGGCGCCUGAUGCAGUUCAACCAGGAAAGGUCACGGGUUCCAUGGAUGAGACGGAAGGGGACAGAGAGGUGGGAAUGCUGAACAUGGUUUCGAACUUGUUGGGAAAGUCUGAUGUGGUUGAGGAAGGGGAUCUCCCUCUUUACCUCACCCCAUGGGAGGAGCUGUUCCAGGACGGAAAACUUAGAGAAUAUCCCCCUCAGUCCGCAUGGAGGUCUAGGUCGCUGAAUGGUGGUGCCCAGAGGUCUGUGGUACCUGGGCAGUUGCUUAUGCCAGUGGACAUGGAGAGCGCUGUGGGUUUCAUGGGCCCCAACCCUCACGGCCUGCCAGAGCCUAACAGUACUUAUACCUGGGGUUGGCAGGCUGCCUUCAACCAACCUGGUUCUGUCAAGGUUUCUGACCUGAACCCAAACGCAGAGGUAUGGGCCAAUCACAUGCCGUACCUCGGGGCUCCUGGAUUUGAUGACCCCGGUACACCUCAAACAUGGGCAGAAACUGCUGUAGGUCCAGACCUGCAUGGGGAAGGGUUCUCUGUCCACAAUGUCACCGCCGCCGAGGACGAGCCAGACCAGGAACUGGAGGAGUUCCAGUCUGGUGGUCCAGAGGUCACCAGCACCAUGGACCUGCAGGGUCCAGACUGCACAGACACAGGGGUCCAGACUGCUGGAGAGUUUGGUUCCUGUGAGCUGGAUGAGCAGGAGGACCUUAGAGAACAUCUGAGGGACACGCUGGAGUUCUGUCUGUCACGGGAGAACCUUGCUGGUGACAUGUACCUGGUCUCCCAGAUGGACAGUGACCAGUAUGUGCCAAUCGUAACGGUUGCCAACCUAGAGCAGGUGAAGAAGCUGAGCAACGACAUGGAGCUCAUCACCAAUGUCUUGCGCUCAUUGCCACUGGUCCAAGUAGAUGAAAAGGGUGAGAAGGUCAGGCCCAAUCAGAACCGCUGCAUCGUUAUUCUGCGGGAGGUCCCGGAGUCCACUCCAGUGGAGGAAGUGGAGGCCCUUUUCAAAGGGGAGAAGCAGCCCAAGUUCAUUAGCUGUGAAUUCGCCUACAACGACAGUUGGUUCAUCACUUUUGAAUCGGAAGCAGAUGCUCAGCGGGCCUAUCAGUACCUUCGAGAGGAGGUGAAGACCUUCCAGGGGAGGCCCGUGAAGGCAAGGAUGAAAGCUAAGGCCAUUGCCAUCAACACCUUCCUGCCAAAGAACUGCUACAGGCCUCUGGAGGGGCCCCGGGACACCCAGAGGGGGUACAGAACGUUCUAUGGACCCCCACUUUAUGGCGCCCCCCAGCAGUUCCCACUGUAUGGUGUCGUGGCCCCCCAGGCAUGGCUGGGGGUGCCUGGCUUCUUGGACCCUGCCCUUGUGGCGCCAUUUCCUAAUCCUAAGUACACGGAUGGGUUCACAACCCCCCCGGCGUUCAAGUCCUGUGCUGGCCCGGCCCACCCCAGACAGUACUCCCCCAGGACCAGAACCCACGGAAGACCGGCACCAAGGUCCUUAGCCCACGAUGUGGACUCGGAGGUCCUGGAAGGGCACGCCCGCUUCAGCUUCUCCACAGAGUGCGUCACGAACGGCCUGCACUGCCCCCUGUCCCGCACGCCGGGACAUAACCGGACACGGGCCUCGGGUGGUAUGGGGUAUCCCCGCAGGGACGCUGGACCGGGCCGGGCCGACUUCGCCCCCGGUUUGGGCAGAGGGAGGAAAACUGCUUUUGGCCACAAAAAGAAGAAGGACGACAAGUUUACAAGAGGGUCCCCACUGCUGAUUGUCCCGCCUCAGAAGGCCCCCACCCCCAGCUUUCAGCUGGACCUGUCCGGCUUCCCCUCAUUGCCAGGAGCUGCUGGAUACCCAGUGGAUGGGGUGGACGUGCUCAGGAACCCAGCUCCAGCAAAUGAGAACCAGGACAGCAGCACUGACGCUGUUCCCUCAGGGACCCCCCGAGAGCCCCUCCAGAGCCCCCCUCCACCAAAGGAUGUCCCCACGCCACCUGGUUCUCCGCGGCCAACAUCCUGGAGGCCAAAGCACACGCAGCCCUGGGCCCCCAGGAACCAAACACCUGCCUCCGCAAGUAAAUCGGUCCAAGUGAACGGCGCCGCCACAGAGCUGCAGAAGCCCAGCUAUGCGGAGAUCUGUCAGAGGGUGACAGAGCCCCCCCCACCGGUGCCCAGGGAUGCCAUUCUGGAAAAUGGUGCUGCCCCCACUGCUGAUGACCCCCCCUGCCCACCCACUACUGGGCCUGUGGGCCUCUGAGACCCUUCAUGACCUCCAGCUGUGCUCUUAACCUCCAGAAAUGUGUUGCCAGGUCAGGUAACUCGCUUUGCCAUCACUUUUUCUUAUUUUGUUGGACUUAAUUUUAUUUGUGGUGUUUAUGGACUCGUGUGAGCCAUAUUUAUAUGUUUUAAGGAUAAAGCUGAACUUGAAGUUUUGUUUUUUUUUUUUUUUUUUUUAUGUCUCAAUUUUGGGUUUCUGUGGUCAUUAAAACAUCUCCUGCCUUGCAGUUAUUUGAUGUUGGUAAACAGCUCCCCCUACUGUUCACCAGGCACUGUUCCAUUCACAGUCCAUCAGAUACCCCAGAGUGUUCAAUUUUGGGUGGUGUUAUAUUAAGGCUUGUGUCCUAGAACGCAGGUUCGGGAUUCAUUGGCGGGGGUCUUGGCCUUCUGCUUUGUUGAGUAGUCUUGGCCUAGGCGGGGCUGAGGUGAUGGGGCGGGGUGUAGUGUACCAAUCUGCCAAACCACAGGUGAUUCACACCUCGAUUUCAGAACUGGUGGGGUUUUUCCUAGUCCUGUGUCAAAGGGAUGCAGUCCGCUCAAGCUUUCUCUGCAGUCCUUUGUGUUUACCUGUUUUUUUCUUUUUUUGUCAAGGACAUUUAAAUUUUCUUGUGGAUUUAUGAACCUGCAGCAUCUUAAAGGGUUGACCUCCUAUGGGAAUAUGUUUAGUUUCUAUUAGGCUGAUCGCUGUAAAUAUGGAUUAAGUUGAAGCUGUAUAAUUUAGAGGCACUGCUGUGUGCUCUGAUACUGGCACUUAAUAAAUUCUACAUUAAUUUCUUGUUUGGAGGCACCUGGUUUGUCAGUUAAGUUAAAAACAGCUUCCAAGUUAUUUGUUAGAAACGUAUUACUAUUCCAUAACAGGAAUUAAUGUAAACUUUCCUUUUACAAUAGAAAUGCAUACUCCAUGCAGCAGUUUUUUUUCUCUAGUGUUUGAAAACUUGAAUUUAAACUUGAAAAUAACUUUUGCCUUAACUUUUUUUUUUUUUUUUUUUUUUAAAUAAAAUGCUUAAACCCCAGUUAACUUGCCUUAGGGGACAAAUGGAUGCAAUGUUAUCUUUGCAUCCUUGUAGGUGAGAAAUCUAAACUUUUUUUGUAAUAAUUUUAUUUUUGUCUUUUUUUCCAGUUUUAUUAAGGCGUAACAAAUCUUCAGGUUGUCAAUACUGUAUUAAAAAUAGACUUGAGAGUGCAGUUUGCUUGUACAGUUGUAAAUAGAAUAAAUGGGUUAUGUUAAAGUAACAUGAUUUUGUACAAAUUUGAAUUUGCAGUUGAGCUUCUGUUAAAAUGACUUUGUUUACCUCUUGUGGGUUGUUUUAGUUUUUUGACUUUUUAUUUUUAAUCAUUUAUUGUUGCAUUCCGUUUUCUGAAAGCUGGGACUGGAUCUGGUUGUUUCAGUAAAAAUUUGGAGCGAAUAAUUUUUAAGUUGAAGUAAAAAUCUGUUUGGAAACGAAA